AUGAGCGACCAUUUUGACCAUUACAAGAGGCCACCGAGCCGGGAUAAUAGUGUGGACCGGUAUAGCCGGGCAGCAAGUCGGCUCAGUGGAGGGUCCAGACAGUCAUCAGUGGAGAAGUCACAGAAUCAGCAGCAGCAGCAGCAGCAGCAGCAGAGAAGAGGAGACGAUCGACUUCCGUCAUCAUCAUCUUCAGCAGCAGAUAAAUCAUUCAAUGGAGCGGCGGGCUUCACUACAGCGUCGGCGGCCGGGGCUAAACAGAACAUCUCGUCAUCGGCCGCCACGCAGCGUCAACCACCGCCAUUCGAGGAACUUAUACUUAGGCAACGGAACCUCGGCCAGGAGAUCGUCCCGUCACCCAUCGGGCAACCCAAGCGCACCGAGUCAUUGUACGUGAAUCCGAAUACCGCGCGCAAAGAGACAAAACCAAAAGUAAGUACUACAUUAAUUCGGCGUACAAGUAGGAGUAAUAGUCUUGAUAGUGAUGAUGGCCAUAACUGUUAUGGCGGUAGUGGUGGUAGUGGUGGAAGUUACCACAUGUAUGGUAACCGUCGUGUCCCUGAUAUAAGUAUUAUUCGUAAUUUUGUCAGUAUGCCUUUAGAUGGCCGUGCUAGUGUGGAUAGUGAUGAUGACCGCGCUAGUUAUGCUGGUUACACUAUCAGAGAUAUUAGUGGUUUUCGUACAAACGAUAAUACUAGCGGUAGUCGUAUUAUUAGGCGUAUUGAUGAUGGUCGUGCUAUUAUGGGGGGUAGUGUUGAUAGCAGUCCAAAUAGAGGUAGUAGUGAUGGCCGCAUUAGUAGAAUAAGUAAUUAUGGCCACGCUUCUAGGGACGGCGGUGAUGGUCGAUCUAGAAGUGGUAGCUCUGACGAUUACGCUAUUAGAGCUAGUUUUGAUAUCCGCGCAAGUAGGAGGAGUGAGGUUGGUCGCUAUAGUCGGGACCGGGGUGAUGGCCGAUCUAGAAGCGGUAGCUCUGAUGAUUACUAUAAUAUGUUGAAUGGGGAAAGCCGCUUUAGUAGGGGAAGAGGCGAUGGCCGACCUAAUAGUAGAUAUUCUGAAGUCCGUCCUAGAAGCAAUAGUGAUGAUGACCAUGAUAGGGGUAAUGCAGAAAGCUACACUAGUGGGGACAGUAGUGGUAUGCGCCCUAGUGGGAAUAAUAGCGGUAUUCCUCCUAGUGGCGAUAGUAGUGGUACUCGCCCUAGUGGGGAUAAUAGCGAUAUUCGCCCUAGUGGCGAUAGUAGUGGUACUCGCCCUAGUGGGGAUAAUAGCGGUAUUCGCCCUAGUGGCGAUAGUAGUGGUACUCGCCCUAGUGGCGAUAAUAGCGGUAUUCGCCCUAGUGGCGAUAGUAGUGGUACUCGCCAUAGUGGCGAUAGUAGUGGUACUCGCCCUAGUGGAGAUAAUAGCGAUAUUCGCCCUAGUGGCGAUAGUAGUGGUACUCGCCCUAGUAGGAAUAAAAGCAUUAUUCGCUCUAGUGGCGAUAGUAGUGGUACUCGCCGUAACAGAAGUGGUUUAAGAGUUCGCUUUAGUGAUGAAGUAAGUAGUAGUGAUGAUCACAACAGCAGGGGUGGUGACUUGGAUAGAGGUCACGACCAAAUCAGGAGUGGUAGGCACAAUAGUCACUUAAAUUCAGAUAAUUCAAAUCAAAUAAGAACAAGUGACUCUGUAGACAGGGAGACUAGAAAUAUGGAUAACAUCCAAAUUUAUUCUCGUGGAAAUUACGGUAAUAAUGCUGACUAUGGUAGCGGUAGUGGUAGUAUUGACGAAAACGCAGAUAGUGUUAUCCAUGAUUUUACCGGAAUUAAUAGUAGAUUUGACGGCUAUGGAAAUGGUGGCGUAUGCAGUAGAAGUGAACCUUACUUUAGUAACGGUAUUCGUGAAGUUAGUGUCAUCCAUAGUAGAAGUAGCAUCCUUGACAUUGAUGACGACCAUAUUAUUUGUAACAUCUGUGAUAACGGUGGUGCUGAUGGUAAUAUUAGUGCCCAUGGAAAUUAUGGUGAUAAUUACAGCAGACGUGGUAACAUUAGCGUCCAUAGUAGUAGCGGUGGUGAUAGUGGUCAAGUCAGUGACUACGAUUAUGGAGGUGAGUACAAUUAUGAACGCGAAUACGAUCGAGGAGGUAGAUACGAUUAUGAAGAUGACGAGAGUAACGAAAGCAUUGAUGAAGGUGCUAUAGGUGGCGGAAGAAUACCGAGAUUGUUGCCAUCACGUCCUUCAAAUCAUAAGAUGGUAUGGUUUAAAACAUACUUAAACAAUAACAAACAUAACUUUGUAUUGUACAAACAUUAG